UCACACGUCCCAAAAGUCCAACCACAAGGACUCGGGCUCUUUGUUUUUGUGAGCGUGCCACCGAUACCACUACACUAUCCACUUCCCGAUCCACUCUGCUCCAAGUACAACGACAACGAUAGACAAACCAUGGGCUCUUCAGACUCUCCAGCCCUAGCACCGAGCUUCGAUCCGUCCAACGCUCAGACUUAUCACGCGAUCUGCCAAUGCGGCGCCGUUCGAUACGCUGUAACGCUUUCCCCUCCGCUCGCUCAACAGAAGGUGGUCGAAUGCAACUGCUCAAUCUGCUCGCGUAACGGAUACCUCUUCGUGUAUCCUUCGCGCGAGCAGUUUUUCCUCCAAAGCGGCGAAGAAGUGCUAAGAUCGUACUCGUUUGGAAUCAAACGCAUGUUGCACAAGUUUUGUGGCACGUGUGGGAGUGCGGUGUUUGCAGACCCUAGGAUGAAGGAGUUUGGAGAAAAGGAGUUUGAUUUGUUGGCGGUCAAUGUUCGCAUGUUCAAAGAUGUGAAGCUGAAGGACUUGAACAUUGUUCCUUAUGACGGCUGGAAUAAGCGCGAAUUUGUAGACUCUGAGCACCUGCAAACGUUUGCUUGA